AUAUCUCGCCGUAAUCCUGGAUAGGACGGCCGCACGAAAGCAUCAGCAACAGCGAAAUGAUUUUCUCUCUUUGUUUAUUUUCCUCGUACUGGGAUCGCAUUUGCAUCAACAGGGCUCGGACGGUCAUCAGCGACCAGCAUAUAGGAUUGCAUGGACUCUGGGGACCACAACUGGAACACCGUGGAUACGGGUCAGGAUUUUGUUCCUCUGGAUAUAGUGUUCCCCCUUUUCCUUUCUUUUCUUUUACCUCUUCAAUUUUUUUUGAUACCAGGCAGUAGCCGACCACAGACGCAUGCAGAGAAUGCAAAUGAAAACCAUAUCAAAGACUGCGAGCUGCUUUUAGGCCCCUGCCUUGUUUUAUGCAAUGGGCGUCCUCGGGAUUCUGCCGUAGGAGUAAGCAAGGCAUCUUGUUCAUGCAAAGUAGUAACUUCAUAUCCCUCUCGCUCCAGGUGUUGCAUCUUGCAGAUGAGAGUCCCUGGUUUAUUCCUUUGGAAAACAAUAGAAAAACAAAGAGUAAAAGUCGACCGUGCGCCUCCUGAAACCCGUUGCAUAGGUAUUGCAGUUAUGCAGCCGGCUUGUUCAGGCUACAUUGAUUGUAUGACAUGGAGGGAGAUGGAAGGGGGAGGGGGGGGGUUGAAUCUGAAGCCAUUCCGUAAUUUCCCUCAGGUAUCUUCCUCCUGUUUUGUUUACUUUUCAAGGAGGUGCCCACUUUGCCGUCGCAGCGUCCCCUUUUUACCUUUUUACUCCCACCCAUUCGCUGCUCCGCACGAGAUUGGGGCUCAGAUUGUCAACGCUCUUUUUGUUUUUUGUUUUUAUGGAGCGGUUUCCACCAGCGCUACCCCCCGCAGUGUUAUUAAUAAUGCAUCGUAAUAUCGGGCGGGCCAGGGGGAGGAGCUGGGAGCUGUGUUGGUCAGCGCAGGAUUGGCCAGUGACUGGCCCCAGUCUUUUCCCACCUACAUUGAGAGGGGG